ACCGCAGCUAUUGUGCCUGGCGCGCUCUUCAUUCUCUUCUUGCUCUGCUUCAGAGUCUAUGGAGGAACCGCCUGGGUUUAACCCUUCACGCGACUACCAGGACCGCAGGCUGGCUCCAGUGGACUAGGAAGGAAGGAAGCUUUGUAGUCAGCUAGCCGGCCGGGCCCCACCAUCACCAUCAUGGGGCACCCCCCGCUGGAGUUCAGCGACUGCUACCUGGACAGCCCCGAUUUCCGGGAGAGGCUCAAAUGUUAUGAGCAGGAGCUGGAGAGGACCAACAAAUUCAUCAAAGAUGUAAUCAAAGACGGCAAUGCGCUCAUCAGCGCUAUGAGAAAUUAUUCCUCUGCUGUUCAGAAGUUUUCCCAGACACUGCAUUCGUUCCAGUUUGACUUCAUUGGGGACACUCUGACUGAUGAUGAGAUUAAUAUCGCUGAAUCCUUCAAAGAAUUUGCUGAAUUGCUCAAUGAAGUUGAAAACGAGAGGAUGAUGAUGGUGCAAAAUGCCAGUGAUUUGCUGAUCAAACCCCUUGAAAAUUUCCGGAAAGAACAAAUAGGUUUCACAAAGGAGCGGAAAAAGAAAUUUGAAAAAGAUGGUGACAGGUUUUAUUCUUUGCUCGACCGUCAUUUACAUCUAUCUUCCAAAAAGAAAGAAUCUCAGUUGCAAGAGGCAGAUCUCCAGGUAGAUAAAGAGAGGCACAAUUUCUUCGAGUCUUCCCUUGAUUACGUCUAUCAAAUCCAGGAAGUCCAGGAGUCCAAGAAGUUCAAUAUUGUGGAGCCAGUCCUGGCCUUUCUUCAUAGCCUCUUCAUUUCCAACAGCUUGACUGUGGAGCUCACCCAGGAUUUCCUACCAUAUAAGCAGCAGCUCCAGCUCAGUUUGCAGAAUACAAGGAAUCAUUUCUCCAGUACCCGGGAAGAGAUGGCAGAACUUAAGAAAAGGAUGAAAGAAGCUCCACAGACCUGCAAACUUCCAGGACAGCCAACCAUCGAAGGCUAUCUGUACACACAGGAGAAAUGGGCUCUGGGGAUCUCCUGGGUGAAAUACUACUGCCAGUAUGAGAAAGAGACCAAAACACUCACCAUGACACCCAUGGAACAGAAGCCAGGUGCUAAGCAGGGGCCCUUGGAUUUAACCUUGAAGUACUGUGUAAGAAGGAAGACAGAAUCCAUUGACAAGAGGUUCUGCUUUGAUAUAGAAACCAAUGAGAGGCCAGGAACCAUCACUCUGCAGGCCCUUUCUGAAGCUAACAGAAGACUAUGGAUGGAAGCCAUGGAUGGGAAAGAACCUAUCUAUCACAGCCCCAUAACGAAACAGGAAGAAAUGGAGCUGAAUGAAGUGGGGUUCAAGUUUGUUAGGAAGUGCAUCAAUGUCAUCGAGACCAAAGGGAUCAAGACGGAAGGGCUAUACCGCACAGUGGGCAGCAAUAUUCAGGUUCAGAAGCUGCUGAAUGCAUUUUUUGAUCCCAAAUGUCCUGGAGAUGUUGAUUUUCACAGUAGUGAUUGGGACACCAAGACAAUCACCAGCUCCUUGAAAUUCUACCUCAGGAAUCUUUCUGAACCUGUCAUGACGUAUAAGCUUCACAAAGAGCUGGUCUCUGCUGCCAAGUCUGACAACCUGGAUUACCGGCUUGGAGCUAUUCAUGCUCUAGUAUAUAAGCUACCAGAAAAGAACCGUGAGAUGCUGGAACUUCUCAUAAGACACUUGGUCAAUGUGUGUGAACACAGCAAAGAAAAUCUCAUGACCCCUUCCAACAUGGGGGUGAUCUUUGGGCCCACUUUGAUGAGAGCUCAGGAGGACACUGUGGCUGCUAUGAUGAACAUCAAAUUUCAGAACAUUGUGGUGGAAAUCCUAAUUGAGCACUUUGGCAAGAUUUACUUAGGUCCACCUGAGGAAAGCACGGCCCCUCCAGUGCCUCCACCUCGUGUGACAGCAAGAAGGCACAAACCAAUCACUAUUUCCAAGCGCUUGCUUCGAGAAAGGACGGUUUUCUAUACGUCCUCCCUGGAUGAAAGUGAAGAUGAAAUCCAACACUCAACACCCAAUGGUACAAUCUCCAGCAGCCUAGAACCCCCCAAGCUGCCACAAUACCACAAACCCCCUAUACAGAGGAGUGGGGAAGCUGAUUCUGGGAGAAAGUCCCCUAGCAGGCUUGUUUCUGAUGGCAAAUUGGAACACUGCCUUGACAUGGAUGUGGGGAAGUUGACAUCCAGGCUACAUGAUGGAGGGACCAAGGCCACACCAAAGGCCACCAAUGGACCUGUGGUAGGCUCUGGGCCUACAAAGACUCCUUCUUUUCAUAUCAAGAGACCAGCUCCCAGGCCCCUGGUUCAGCACAAGGAGGGAGAGGCAGAGAGUUUCAGCAAAGUACGGCCUCCAGGAGAAAAGCCAACCAUCAUUCGUCCCCCCAUAAGACCCCCAGACCCUCCCUGUCGUGCAGCUACUCCCCAAAAGCCAGAACCAAAGCCAGAUACUGUGGCUGGCAAUGCAGGGGAUAUCCCAUCAUCUGUGGUGGCUUCCAGGACCAGAUUCUUUGAAACAGCUUCCAGGAAAACAGGAAGUUCUCAAGGCAGACUUCCUGGAGAUGAGAGUUGAUGCCACAGGUGUUAAAAAGCCUUGGAGGGAUCCUUUCCAAGAUUCUAAAAGGGUCUACUUCUAAUCCUUGUGUGCUGAGUCUUUUGUGCAGAACAGCAGCUCUUUCCUGGCCCAGGCUCUGGAAGAAGUAAAAUAAGGGGCACAUGUCCUAGACACAUGUUUAUUUCCCCUUGAUAUUUUGUCUCCAUCUCCUCAUAAGGUGUGUCUUGAGUUCUUGCAAUACUGUGAAUGGACUCCCUGAAGCCCCAGAUUCUGCGGAAACCAAGCUACCCGCUUGACCUGAGUUAAAGAGAGGAGCCUGGAUUUCACCUCUUUUCCCCAAUUCCUGCUUCUUCAAAAACCAUCAAACUCUGAAAGAUCUGAGGCUGAAGAUGGAUCUUCAGAGUAUUACCCUGAUCUAAAGGCCAUUGGAGUGGUGGGGGCAUUGCUUACCUUGGUUGGAGGAGAUGUUGCUGGAGAAUCUUAACAUGUCUCUUACUGAGGAUGUGGACACUAGUACUAGGUUAGCUCCCUGGUGCUGCUGUGUGUUACCUGCUCCUAUGGGGCCAGUGUGGGUGGUCCCCUCACAGUACCCUCCCUUCCUGCAGCCCCAUGUGCCUUCCUGCACUUGCUUAAUAAGCCUGCUAGGGCAAAUCUGCCAAGCGUGUUUUGCAUGUCAAACAAAGCCUAGGUUCCUUAUUAUUUUUCCUCCUGUUUUUACUUGACAAUUUUCCUUUCUAAGCAAUCAAGACAAAACAAAACAAAAUUGGUGGAGUGGGGAGGCUGUGUUUAUCCUAUAGGAUUUUCACUCUUGUGAAGAUUAAAAAAAAAAAUAAGACAGAUUAA